GAGGAGGGGAGGGUGGGGGCCCGAGUGGGCGUGGAGGGAGGUCCACUUCCAGCUCCCCUCAGCCAAUGAAGGCUUGUCACAGGGGACUCACGUGGACGAGGCGCUCUUAAAACCUAGCUCCUGACUUUUCCUCAAGUUCAAUUUUUUGGGAUUCCCUCCCUCCCCAUCACAUCUCCUUCUCUUACGUGCCAGUUGUGACUAUUUAACCCAGUUUACCUCGGCUGUUUCCGCUUCUGCGGCGCGCAUCGCCUCGUCCUGCGUCUUCCGCGUCUUCCUCUCGAGCCGUUUUUUUCUGUUCGCUCCAGCACCAGGACGCUCCCCCUCUCUCCCUCCCUCUCUCUCUCUGUCCGUCUCUCUUUGCUCGGUGGUUUAAAGCUUUUGUUGUUUUAUUUGAAAUAAUGCGAGCAGCUUCCCUCGGUCGCCUGCGUUGCCACGCGAGCUGAACAUUUCGCUUCGGUCCCCUCGCGCCGUGACGCGUCUGUACCUGUCCAUGGUGCUGAAGCGCAGUUUGAGCGAAGACACCGGCGAGCUGCUGCUGCUCCACUUGCUCUCCAGAAAUAGUCACUAUUUAUGUGCUGAGCAGGUGAGACCGUUCCAGCAGCAACACUUUCAUCUUCCCGACGAGGUUUCUUAAGUGAAAUCAGGAGUCGAUCCUUCAGGAAUCAAGAAAAAUCGAUUGUGACUCCAACGGCUGCAUCGAUUUCCGGAGGACUCGUCUUUCUCAGACUUGACAAAUAACACAAUUGUUGUAACGCAACCAAGCCUGGAGAUAUUUCCCUUUAAACAACCAGUGUGGGGAGCUGGAAGUAGCAGAUGAAUUAUUUUUAUUUGUUGCGCAUCUGAAACCUUUUUGCUGCUGCGGGGAGGGGGCUCUUUCUGCUCUUCUGGAUCAACUGAGACCUGAACACCCCCUCCCUCUUUAAAGUAAAACUUGUCCUGAAUACCAAAUGGUAGUUUGAGGAGGCCUCGACCAAGACAAUGGAGGCGUCUGCCAACGGGUCCAGUUUUGGCAUCGACUCGCUGCUGUCCCACAGGCCUGGAAGUCCGGUGUCCAAAGGGGACAGCCUGGUGGGGGAGUGCCGCUCGCCGCUCGAGUUCAGCCCGCGAUCAGACGUGGAGAGCGGCUGCUCGUCGCCUCCGUCGCCGAGGAGGGAAUGCGUGGAGGAGAUGGCCCAGAGGCAAGGUCACGUCGUCGGCCUGCCGCCGCACCUCCAGCACGGACAGAUGUCUGCGGGGUCGCAGCAGAGGACCGUGACCUCGUCGUUCCUCAUCAGAGACAUUCUCGCGGACUGUAAGCCUCUGGCCGCGUGCGCGCCCUACUCCAGCAACGGGCAGCCGACCCAGGAGGCGGGGAGGCUGGCCUCGAAGAUAGCGGACGACUUCAUGGAGAAGAUCCACAGCAACUCGUCAUCAGAUAGUGAAUAUAAAGUGAAAGAGGAGGGGGACCGGGAGAUCUCCAGCAGCAGAGACAGCCCUCAGGUCCGGAUGAAGAAGCCCAGGAAGGCCCGGACGGCCUUCACGGACCACCAGCUCGCCCAGCUGGAGCGCAGCUUCGAGCGGCAGAAGUACCUGAGCGUCCAGGACCGCAUGGAGCUGGCGGCGUCCCUCAACCUGACCGACACGCAGGUCAAAACCUGGUACCAGAACCGGAGGACGAAGUGGAAGCGACAGACGGCGGUGGGUCUGGAGCUUCUGGCCGAGGCCGGGAACUACUCGGCGCUGCAGCGGAUGUUCCCGUCCCCGUACUUCUACCCGCAGAGCCUGGUGUCCAACCUGGACCCCGGCGCGGCCCUCUACCUGUACAGGGGCCCCUCGGCGCCGCCGCCGGCGCUGCAGAGGCCGCUGGUUCCGCGCAUCCUGCUGCACGGCCUGCAGGGAGGCAGCGAGCCGCCGCCGCCGCCGCCGCCGCCGCUGCCCCCCAUGUCCGGCGUGCUCCCCCGGCCCGCCCAGCAGCGGUGAGCCGCCCCCGCAGAGGGGCUUUUCUUUUCUACGGCGACUCUUGGCAGCUUGAGGGAAAAAUCACCAAGACGGGAAAAUCAGGAGAAGGUGACGGACAAGAGAAAGACUGCUGUGAGCCUUUAUACGGUGCGAGAGGACCGAGGCUGAACCCGAGGACGACGCUUGACUGAAACGUGAACUGUCGGGGUGGAAGGACUUUUUUUAGGACACGAGCUUUAUUUAUAACUUAUUUAUUUUUCACUAUGAAUUCAAGCACCUAAGUUAUGUAUUUAUUUGAUCCCAGUUUCAGUAUUUCAGUGUUUAAUCUAAGAAACAGAUACAAAUGUUGCACUGGCACAGAGUUAGUGGCGCUUGAGCUACAUUCAGUGUCAGUCAGACAUUAUUAUUAUUAUUAUUAUUAUUAUUAUUAUUAUUAUUAUUAUUAUUAUUAUUAUUAUUAUUAUUAUUAUUAUUAUUAUUAUUAUGUGGACAUUCAUCUAUCCAUCCAUGUAAUUUAAACAUUAUGUAGAUCUAAAAGAACGAUACGUUUUUUCUUUACACUUGAACCACGAUCAGCAGUCAUGAACUGUAUACAAGAAUAUUUUGCAUUUUAUUCGAAAGAGGCUGAUUUUAAAGAACCAUUUUCGUUUGUUUGAUCUAUUGGUGUGUUUGUUUCAAACAACUGUGAUCCAGUUUAUAGUAAUGGGCUAGAUUAGCCACCAGAAACUAUACGAAAGAGCGAGUCAAUAAAAAACAAAAAUAAAAAAACAUGAGUCUCAGAAGUGAUGGACACCUGCUUGGACACAACGAGGGGAGCUACGGAACAAAUAAAUAUAUACUAUAACGUCUUUUUCCUGUUCUUAUUUGAAGUUUUAGCGGAGAAAUCUCCAUCUAUAUAAAAGGUUUUAUCCUCAGCUGGAGGAGGAGGAGGAGGCAAUCACCUCACAUUUUCUAAAUAAACAACCUGAUUGGCGUCGGGUCCACAUCCAGGUGUAACUGCCUGUUGAUUUGCUAUCCAUGUAUUUGAACAGACGUUGUGCAUAUGUUAUUUUAUAUGAAGCCGUGAUAAUCUUUAUUGUUAUACUCUCCUUUGGUGAAAAUGUAUAUUGCACAUAUCAAACUUGUGGAGUGGUUCUCGUAUAUUUCCUGGAUCGUUUUUAUUUUAAAUUUUCCCCUUGGGUUUUCGUUCCUCUUGUUUCCCCCAGACUCUCUUCCCAAUUUGAUCAAAUCCUUUUUUUGCAAAUUUACGUUUAUUGUGAAAUUCGCAUCUGACCUUGGACAGAGAAACGGAAAGGACGUGGGGGAGGGGGGAUUUGAUGUAAAAGAGAAUUACUUUUAUAAAUGUGAAAAUAAAAGUCUUUCAUUUAAA